CAUAUUAAAUCAGCAUUUUAUCAUGAAAGGGGUCUCACAACAGAUACAAGAUUUAAAAAAAUUAGCGUUAGAUAUGUCUCGUUCUGUUUUAAAUACAUUAUACUUAAUAACUCAAGCAAGACGAACGCUUUACACUAUAAUGCAGAACGUGAGGACGUCACGUAAUAAAGCACCGGAUCCAAAAACCGUUCUUACACCAACGAAUUCUCAAGAAAGUGAUACUACGCAAAGUAGCCGCACAAAUGUGCCAUCCACUAUUAAUGAACCAAGUACGUCAAAGCUUGCAACGUCGGCUGAAACAACUGCCCAAAAACCGAGUUCAAAUUCUGAUGCUAUUAGCCAAUGUUUGCAAAGUCAUCAAAG